AUGAAGGAGUUGCCUUGUAAGAAAGAAAUGAGUAAUUUAAAAAAACAAUUGAAUGAGAGAGUGGAAGAAAUAUUCAAAUUAAGAUGCCCAAGUGCUGAAUUCAUUGGUCACAUCAUAGAUUUAGAUGAAGCUAUUUAUUAUAUUCUAAAGUUAUAUCGAUCUCUAGGAGGAAAACUUAAAAAGAAAAUAUUUUUCAAAAUUUCUGUGGAUGGACGUGAAAUUAACAAAGUGAAACAAGUAGCCGUUGCAUUAGUUCCUCUUAAUUUAAGAGAUGUGUUUCCUUCUCAAGCUGUAUCCUCUGUCUUUUAUAUUGGAUUAUUUCAAAUGUCUGAAACAAAAGAGAGUAUUAAGGAAACCAUUGGAACAUUGACAGACGAAAUCAAAACUGUGUCACAAAAAACAUAUUUUGAAAAAUCUGAGGUUCAUUUGUUCUAUGUUUCAGACAUGCACAAUGUUGGAUUUACAUUUGAAUUUGAUAUUUGUCCAUACUGCAUGGCAAAAACUGUUGAAGAAUUUGGAGCAAACAAUCGAACAACCCUUGGAGGUUCCUUGCCAUUCAGUCCUAAAGAUUUAAUUAUGUGUGCUCUUCAUGUUAAACAGCGAUUAGUUGAAAAUACAAUUGCUUAUAUGGCUUCAAGUGGGCAAUACAAUAAUACCAUAUUGCAGAAUUUGCAAAAAUUAAAAGGAUUAGAGCAUUUUAAUUGGAGAGAGUUGAAACAACGAGUGACUGAAUAUGGUAUUUCACAAACGUCAGAAAGAGUUACUGCCAAAUCGAGCAUGCUGUCUGGGGAUCAAUGCAACACAAUUUUAAGUAAUGUUGAAGUGAUAGUGAAUGACAUCGAACAGCACACUAAGGAGAAAUAUUUGAAUAUUUUGAAAUUAUUAAGGAAUAUUAUAAUUAUCGUUGAGGCUAAACAAGAUGAUCCCAAUACCAAACAAAUACUUACACCAGACAGAAUCUUUAAAUUGGACAAGAUGAUCAUGGAGUUUUUAUGUGCUUGUUAUCGAAUAUGGAGCAAAGGUAUCAAAGCUCAUUAUUUUCAUUUUCUUACACAUCUUCCAUCUAUGAUGACAGAAUUGCUCGACGAUGACUUGUCCUUAUCUAUUUUAAGUAAUCAAGGGUUCGAACGUUCUCAUUUGUUUCACCAUGCCGUGUUUAAUAGAGUGAUUAAUAACGGUGGUGGUCGUCACAAAAUUCAUGUAACCAAACAAUUGCUGUUAUGGCAAUGGCGAAAAGUCCUGACUGCGAUUGAUAUAGGAGAGAAAUUUGGAAGUACUUAUUGGAAUGAAAAACGGCUCAAACAAAUUUAUUCAUGGAAUUCAAUUCACCUCAAAGAAGCACCUCAAGAAUUACACGAUUUGUAUUACGAUUUGGAUGAGUCGAAUGUGGAUCUUGCUACUUUGCAGCAAACUAUUUCUACAAGCUUUCAAGAACAAGAGCAACAAUCACAAAACACAGAAAAACAAUCAGAGAAAACGACAACCAAGCGAAAACAAGCAAAGAAUACACGACAAAGCGACCAGGCGACCAGUUUUAGUGGAACAAUGAGUACACAAGUUUCUCAAAAGAAACGAAAAUUUUAA